ACGGGGACCAUUUUGUCACAGGCUUUGUGGGGGGAGCUCUCCUUUUUAUGUAAACUCUGGAAUAUGACGAAGUACCGACAGAACUUUUGUUUCACGCGAUACGAGAGACUUGAAGGAAAUGGAGCCUUAGCUGGGAUUCGCUUUUUUGAGGCCCGCGUUGCCCUGCCCUUUAGCGGUGCCCACGCUCCUGCUGCGGACCCGGCUCUGUUGGCAUCGCCCGUAGAGGAUGCAGUGAAGCGACAGAGAACCUUAGCUUUCGACGAACUCACGUUUGUGAUUUCCCGUUUGCCAGAAACUCUUCCUGCCCACCUAGGAAGUUGUGCUGGCCACGCAGGUGUAGUGUCUGUCCACGCCAGGUCUUUCUGAACCUCGGGGUCGGUGAGCUCUCCCUUUAGUGAAUUUCAGUUCGCUAGAGGUUGAGUAUGGGACAACUCAUGGCACCUCGUUUCCCGCCCCCCUUUUUUUUUUGGUGUUGGUGUGGGAUUCCACGAACCCUCCCUACCAGAGGUCUGCUGUGAAACGGAUACUCAACAGGAAUGAUAGUAGGUUACAAAAGUAAGCAUGUUAGAUGGUGUAGAUUGGGAGAAAUUCAGAAUAUUGGAAUUGACCUAAACUGAAACUUCUCACUGCAGGUGACUAGCAUGCAGAUACCCUUGCUCUGACUUUCUGCCCCUCCACUGACAUGGCCCACCGGGGUGGGGAGAGGGACUUCCAGACUUCAGCUCGACGCAUGGGCACCUCGCUGCUCUUCCAGCUUUCAGUGCACGAACGGGAGCUGGACCUGGUUUUUCUGGAUCAUAGCUAUGCCAAGCCUUGGAGUGCCCACCCAGAUGCCAGUAGUGCCCGCCCCACCCGCAUGCUCUUUGUCACUCCCCGGCGGCAGCACGAAAGUACCAUUGAAUCAGACGUCCCAAUAGAUGUGGAGACGGUCAUGUCAACGCCUAUGCCACUCUAUGACAAUCAGAAGGCACGCAGCGUGAUGAAUGAGUGUGAACGGCAUGUCAUCUUUGCCAGGACUGAUGCAGAUGCCCCUCCUCCACCAGAGGACUGGGAGGAGCAUGUCAACAGGACUGGCUGGACAAUGGCCCAGAACAAGCUAUUCAACAAGAUCCUCAAAGCCCUGCAGUCUGACCGGCUUGCCCGCUUGGCCAACGAAGGGGCUUGUAAUGAGCCAGUGCUGCGCCGUGUUGCUGUGGACAAGUGUGCAAGGAGAGUGCGGCAGGCUCUGGCAAGUGUGAGCUGGGACACCAAGCUGAUCCAGUGGCUGCACACCACCCUCGUGGAGACCUUGAGUCUGCCCAUGCUGGCAGCCUACCUGGAUGCUUUGCAGACGCUGAAGGGGAAGAUCCCAACCUUGAUUGACCGGAUGCUUGUGUCAUCCAACACGAAGACGGGGGCUGCAGGAGCUGAGGCCUUAUCUCUCCUACUGAAGAGGCCCUGGGACCCUGCUGUGGGCGUGCUUUCUCAUAACAAACCAAGCAAACUCCCUGGCUCUCCACUGAUUCUCAUCGCCUCCUCUGGUCCCUCCAGCUCUGUGUUUCCCACUUCACGCCGCCACCGCUUCUGGCAGUCUCAGCUUUCCUGCUUAGGCAAGGUCAUCCCUGUAGCCACCCAUCUGCUGAACAAUGGCAGUGGGGUAGGAGUUCUACAGUGUCUUGAGCAUAUGAUUGGGGCAGUGAGAAGCAAAGUGCUGGAGAUUCACAGCCAUUUCCCACACAAACCCAUUAUCUUGAUUGGCUGGAACACAGGAGCUUUGGUGGCCUGUCAUGUGUCAGUGAUGGAGUAUGUCACCGCAGUUGUCUGCCUUGGGUUUCCUCUGCUUACCGUGGAUGGCCCCAGAGGGGAUGUAGAUGAUCCCCUCUUGGAUAUGAAGACUCCGGUCCUCUUUGUCAUUGGUCAGAAUUCCCUUCAAUGUCACCCUGAAGCCAUGGAGGACUUCCGGGAGAAGAUUCGAGCUGAGAACAGCUUGGUGGUGGUUGGGGGAGCUGAUGACAAUCUCAGAAUAAGCAAAGCAAAGAAGAAAUCAGAAGGGUUGACUCAGAGCAUGGUGGACAGAUGUAUACAGGAUGAGAUUGUGGACUUUCUGACUGGAGUGCUCACUCGUGCUGAGGGUCACAUGGGCUCUGAACCUCGGGAUCAGGAUGCUGAGAAGAAGAAGAAGCCCCGCGAUGUGGCCCGCAGAGACUUGGCCUUUGAAGUCCCUGAGCGGGGCAGUCGACCUGCCUCCCCGGCUGCCAAGCUGCCCGCCUCACCCUCAGGCUCAGAGGAUCUCUCCAGUGUGUCCAGCAGCCCCACCUCCAGUCCCAAGACCAAAGUGACCACGGUGACCUCUGCCCAGAAGUCCAGUCAGAUUGGAAGCUCUCAGCUGCUGAAGAGACAUGUGCAGCGGACAGAAGCUGUGCUGACCCACAAACAAGCUCAAGCACAGUUUGCUGCUUUUCUGAAACAAAAUAUGCUGGUGAGGAAAGCUCUUCCUCCUGGCACCUCCUCCUGUCUCUUUGUUCCCAUUUCAUCAGAACCACCGGAGGAAGGAGAGAAAGAGGAUCUUAGGGUUCAGCUGAAGCGACACCAUCCCUCGAGUCCCCUUCCUGGCAGUAAGACCUCCAAGCGACCAAAGAUCAAGGUGUCCCUUAUCUCCCAAGGGGACACAGCUGGAGGGCCUUGUGCUCCUUCCCAAGGAAGUGCUCCAGAAGCUGCAGGUGGGAAGCCCAUCACCAUGACACUGGGGCAGGCUUCAGCAGGAGCCAAGGAGCUCACAGGACUUCUCACCACAGCCAAGUCCAGUUCUUCUGAAGGUGGAGUCUCAGCCAGCCCAGCCCCUUCAGUGGUCUCCAGCAGCACUGCACCCAGUGCCUUGCACACACUGCAGAGCCGCCUGGUGGCUACCUCUCCUGGCAGCUCCCUCCCAGGGGCCACAUCAGCCAGCAGCCUCCUCCAAGGCCUCAGCUUCAGCUUGCAGGAUAUCAGCAGCAAGACCUCUGGCCUUCCAGCAAAUCCCUCCCCAGGACCAGCCCCCCAGGCCACCAGUGUGAAGUUGCCCACCCCCAUGCAGAGCCUGGGUGCCAUCACCACGGGCACCAGCACCAUUGUCCGUACCAUUCCUGUGGCCACCACUCUCUCCUCCUUGGGUGCCACUCCUGGUGGGAAGCCCACAGCCAUCCACCAGCUGCUGACCAAUGGGGGCCUCGCUAAGUUGGCAAGCAGCCUCCCUGGCCUGGCUCAGAUCUCUCACCAAGCGUCAGGCUUGAAGGUCCCCACCACCAUUACUCUGACACUUCGUGGCCAGCCGAGCAGGAUCACCACACUGAGCCCUAUGGGCUCAGGAGCAGCCCCAUCCGAGGAGCCCUCUUCCCAGGUGCUGCCCUCCAGCUCACAGCGCCUGCCUCCAGCACCCUGAAGAUGCUGUGUGAUAUGUCCUCCUUACCAAGUUGGUGAUGGCUGCCUCAUGGUGGGCCCUGGGCACGUGUGUGGUCCUGCUGAGCCGUCCACGUGUCUGAAGACCUCUUUAAGACAGUCAUUUUUGCCUCUCCGCCAACUGUCUUCAGAGUUGGGCUGUUGAGUCUUCAGAGAAACCAUUAGGUUAGGUGAUAUGGUGCCAGCAAGGGAAGCACCAUCGUCCAGGAUCUGCAGAUCUGGUUCCUGGGAUCCCCAGACUCCUCAGCAGAUCUGGCUGUACCUGGAUCAGAGCCACUUCUUCCCCCGCUAAAGCUGUGGUUUGACCCAAGGGUCAGUAUAUAGGACUCCCUGCUGCAUUUAAUGAAGAUGUUUCCUUUUGGAAGUCUGUGCUACCCUCUGCGCCCAGCUGGGAGGAGACAUCCAUCUGGUCUGGGGUUUCGGGAGUUAGAAUGGAAAGCCCUUUGCUAAAGACUGGAGUCAUCUGGCCUGCCAACUGGUGGUUCAGAGCCGGAAGGGCUUGUUUAGGUCGUCACUGUUGCCUUCAUCAGCAGCCAUGGGAGAGUGCUCCCCAUGCAACCCCACCUUAGAAACCACGUCAUGCUGAGUAGCUUGCUGACACCUGAAACUUCUGGUUUUUGUUAGUGUCACAGUGAAGGCAAAGAGAACUGGGCCGUCAUCUUUCAGCCUCGUUGAUUUACUCUAGAUGUUGGGAGCGGUGGAUGCCAGGUGAAACCUGGCCCCUUUGUCGUUUUCACCGUGCUUUGGGCAGUUUCUGUAUCCAGAGAGUCCGCAGGUUCAGGUAAGCUGAAGAGGAGGAGUAGAACAGCAGAGGAAGUGGCUCGAAGGACAUGCCAGUAAGCCCGGUGGUUUGUGCUUAGGUCUCUGCUCUGCCACCCAAGGAACUAGUGAUUCAGCUGGAGAUAAAAAGAAGAAUUUGCCAAGUCAGAGAAGAAACCCUAACCCUGGAAAAUCCUCUGUCUCCAGUCUCUGGAGGGAAGCAGGGACAACAAGCUAACGUAGUAUCUUGACCAUCCCAGGAAACUUGUGGCAUUAGGACGAUGAAGGCCAUGCUUCAGUGUUUUUGUUUCUAUUUCAUGAGACUUUUUGUCUUCCUGCUUACAAGUGGGAAGAUGAUUGACAGUGACUCUACUAUGCAGGGCUGUUGGUACCAACCUGAGCCCUAUAGGUGGCAAUCCCUGGAGAAGUGGUCACAGAAGAUGGAGCUCUGAUCCCCUGCUUACCUCUUCCAACACUUGUGUGCAAAGAUAGUUUUAGAUUUGGUUUAGGAGCCAUCCUCCAGAACAGGCUCCCAUACUUAGAAUGUUUCUAGUUAAGGUAAUAAAUUAGGCAACCCAAGCGUGACUCUACUCAAGUGUCCUUUUCUGUAGGCAGGAAGGGCCUACGACGUGGCUUAAAUAAUAGUCCAUGGUCCUGACCCACAGUACAGUGUGUAUCUACACCGGGCCACCUGUGUUCAAUCCGGGAGCCUUUCUGGCCAGUCUGAGUGGCAGCCAGAAGGGAGCUCAUAGUGUCUAGGAGUCUCAGGCAAGGUGGGUCAGGGUACUGUGGGCAGGGGGGAUGUGUGUGAUAGGAGAGGGUACCCUAAACACCAUGCCUUCCCUCCCUGACCUGAAAAACUGAUCUCAACAGGGAUUCACACAGAAUUAGGCUGUGUUUUUGCAUUAGCUGGUAGGUGACUUUCUCAAAAUUCUUAAAUUCAGGAAGUAUUUAGUAAACUUGAGGAAGGUAUGAAAUCUGGAGGAGGCAUCCAGGACCCAGGGGUUUGAUAGCUUUACAGGUAGGAUCAUACCACACCAAAAGAGCAGUGGACAGUGAGACUAUAUGAGCUGUAUGAAGCUUUUAGGAAUCGUUUAGGAUAGACAGAGCCCUGAACAACCCAUUCAUGACUUAAGUUGUUGGCUCAGUGUAUGCUGGGGACAAAGAAAAACUAACAAGCCGACCUGCCUUUAUGGUAAAUUCUAGUGUGCUUGCAAGGGAUGACUUCCUGAGGUGUGGUCUAUCCACCUUGAAGAACUCCACAACUGAAGAAGGGGAGCUGUGAGAACAUGGAUUGUUCUACACCUUGGACAGGGUGACGGAGGAAGUGGCUGAGGCCUACUAGAGUCAUGUUUUCCAGUUCCCUUCGCAAACUAUUUCCUGGAACGCGAAAGGAAGGUUUACCUAUUUCCUAGAACACCUGGAAUCCAUAACCUCAGAAAGUGAUACUAUUGGUAGAAAAUGUGGAAGGAUCAGGAACGUCUUAGAUUCUUGGAUGACAGAUGUAUGUUGAUGCCCUAUGGAGAUGUCCUUGUGCUUUGAGGUCACCGAGGCAGGAAGACCUGUCUGCUCUUGGUCUCACCACUAGCACAGUCUUGGGCUGGAUGAGUUAUAGAGCUGAGGGGCUGUGAUGGUUCUGUUCUUACAUUAAACAAUUAAAAACACCAAAAACAACA